UCUUUGACAAAUUAGCAAUUGAAAGCAAAAUAUUUUGGUUUAUUUUUAUUGUACAUUAUUGUUUAUCGUACGUAAAUCUUAAAUUGUGUAUGGAUUCAAAUUUUUAAAUCCCAUUGUUAAAUUUGUGAAAUGGAGUCUCAUCCACUUAACUUGGCUCAUCAACAACAUCGUCGUGCUGAAGCUCAUCUCAUGAACAAUAGAUACGACGAAGCUAUGCAGUGUCAUCAUAACGCUGCUGAAUUACUUCUCGAUGCAAUGAAAUCUACCAGUUCUUCAGUUGCUUUGGAGUCUAUAACGCUUCAACACAGCUACCACCUUAAACAAAAAGACUUGAUUAAAAAUAAAAAAGAACAGUAUGCUCGAGUUAAAAAAGCCAUGGAUAAUAUAAAAACAUUGAGUAAGGAAUCUCCAAAAAACUUACAAGCUAAUGAUUCUUCUAAAUUACAAAUAGCUAUCUACAGAGCAAUAAACGAAAGUGAUUCUUUGUUGCAAAUAUUGACUUCUCAAAAUAAUGAUGAUCAAGAAAUAUUGACAAAGAAAAUUAUGAAAGAUGAUAUUACAGAUGGAAAGAGAUUGGACAAAUCCCAAAACACUGUUGUUGAAGAGUUACAAGUUUUGAGUCAAAGUCUACAUUCACUUGUUGAACAAUUAGUAUUGCAAGUUGAAGUAUUAAAAGAUGAAAAUAUGACCCUGAAAGAGAGAGUUAAUUAUUUAGAAAAGGAAAGAAUGAGGUAUAUGUGUAUCCCAUUACCCCAAAAUGAUUUAAAUAAUUAUCAAUCUAAUAUAUCUCUCCUUGAUGAUUUAUCUAAAGACUUUCUACAGAAAUUACCCAUUACCAAACCAUCUGAUAAACCUCCAAUGUUUCCAAUACCUUCUUCAAGCAGUGACAGGUCCAAUCAGCAAAGUCAUUUUGAUAUAAGUGCAUUAAAAAAUAAUUGAUAUAUGUAUACAUAGACAUAUUUAUUUAUUAGUUUAAAUUUGUAAAUACAAUUUGUGAGAUGAGAUUUUAUACUCAAGUAAUAUGUUCUGUUGUAAAAUGUUAAUGAAUUACUGUUA